ACACUGUUUUCUUUCAAAAAACAUAAAAUAAGCGGUCCAAAGAGAAAAUACUCCAAACCGAACUCAUCUUGUUCGUUUUCUUUCUUUUUUAGAAAGAAACCUAAUUACUAUUCUCCAAUCUCGCUUAAUUCAAGAUCCUUUUUAAUUUUGAUUUACUCAUUGCGAAAUCGAUUCAAGAAUCUCGACAAAGAAAAAACCCUAAUUAAUCAAUGGACAAGGACGGAAAAUUAGGUUCAGGCGAAGACGCAAAGAGUAGUAGUAUUGAUAACAACAGUAAUAGCAGAGAAAUUGCAGCAGAAAAUGAGAUUUACAACGAAGAAGAAGAGAACCCUAGUUUAACUGAAAAUGGCGGAGAUACGUUACAAGACGAUGAUUCUUCACAGCAGCAGCCGCCUUCUCGGAGAACUCCGUUUACUAAUCUCAGUCAGGUCGAUGCUGACCUGGCUCUUGCCCGCACUCUUCAAGAACAGGAAAGGGCUUAUAUGAUGUUGAGGUUUAACAGCAAUGAAGGGAGUGAUUAUGGAAGUUGGGAGACCAGUAGUUAUGUACAUGAUGACCAUGAUCACUUUCAUGAUGGUGAUUUUGGUGAGGAGGAGGAUGACGAGGAUGACGAUGGAAGUGAUGGAGAUGGUGUUGAUGAGGAUGAAGACGAGGAUGAUGAGGAGGAUGCAUUUGAUGUUCAUGCUCAUUUGACUGAUUCUGAACCAGUGGUUGAUGUUGUUAUUGAUCCUGCUAUGUUUUCUAGUGACGAAGCUUAUGCUAGAGCCUUACAGGAUGCUGAAGAACGAGAAAUGGCUGCCCGGCUCUUUGCUUUUGCUGGAAUUCAUGAUCAAGUUCAGGAUGCUGAGGACCAUGCCGGUAACUCUCAGGAUGGAUGGGAAGAUGUUGAUCCAGAUGAGCUUUCCUACGAGGAAUUGCUUGCACUGGGUGAAGUUGUUGGACAUGAAAGUAGAGGGCUUUCUGCUGAUACAAUUGCCUCUUUACCAUCAGUGAAGUACAAGGUCGGAAGCAGUCAAAAUGGAAGUAACGAUUCCUGUGUCAUAUGUCGGAUAGAUUAUGAAGAUGGUGAGACUCUCACACUGCUUUCAUGCAAACAUUCCUACCAUUCAGAAUGCAUAAAUAAUUGGUUGAAAAUAAACAAGGUUUGCCCGGUUUGCAGCACUGAGGUUUCCACUUCUGGACACAGCUAGUAUUUGUUGCCAGCGUAUCUUACAAGUCGGCCUUCAUAUAGUACAAGUCAAAGAUGAUCUGUACAAGAUUCGUGGCGCUAGCUCAACUCUUGUUAUUUUUCUGAGGUGAAACAUCACAGCACACAAAAACCUGUAGUAUUCAUUCUUCUUCAGUUAUGCUGUGUGUAUUUCAAGUGACCUUUUCACUGAAAUGGCUUGAACCGAAAUCCAUAUUCUGUUUCUUUGAAUCUUCGAUUUUAGUGUUAAUCUGUCUUGUUAUUCUAUAAUUUCGUGUAUAAUUACUUUUAAAGUUGUCAGAACUCAUAAGCCUCAAAUUUAAUAUCCGAUUUUGCA